CAAAGCCCUUCUUGUGCUGCUAUAACCACAAAUAUGGCUGCUCAAAAUUCUUCUAAAACCUUCAAGAUUUACUUUAAAAUUUCAAAUUCAAAAGAUAAUGCUCCGACAUAAUAAAUUUCAGAUUUACAGGGUUCCGUUGCAUGUUCCUUAUCCCAAAAAUGGCUACUCAUGAUUGGCCGAAAGCAAGCUCAAUCCUCAAACAUUGAACUUCAGAAAUCCAAAAGGCUAAUGCCCUCGAACUAUUUCGAUUCCCAUGUUUACUUUGGCCGGGAGUAGAACUGCCUCAUAAAACUCCCAUUUAUCGGGUUUUAGGAAGUCAGGGACGUUUCCAGUGACAUUUUAACUAUGAAAUGGCAGUUCCUGACACAGGAGGUGGUGCCGAACGGGCUGCCCGCACGUCUAUUCCGGCGCGGCCCCGCCCCGCGGGUAUUUAAAUAUACUGUGACGUGUGAACCACGGCUGUACACUACAUUACUGAUUCUGAUUCCUUAAUCCGUCUGACUGCCCUUCCGCGGUUAAACUAAAUUCGGAAGAUUUCACAAACUGUGUUGAUAUACUUUGACUAUCUAUUUCUUUAAGUGUAAGUAAGUAAUUGAAGUGUUCGGUGUUUGGCGACUCAAUGAAAAUGUCCUGUGAUAAGAUGAUGGCACGUAUUACGGAUGUGUUUAGCACAGCGCUGCAGAAAGGCGGAAGGAUAUUCUGUCAUCCACAGACAAUGUGCAACUUCAUCGUGCACGAGCGAUGCGUGGGGCAAGUGGUGACGCCGUGCUGCGGGGUGGCGCCGAGCCUCAUAAAGAACCCAGUGGCUCACUGCUGGUCAGAGCCCACUCACCACAAACGGAAGUUCUGCACCGUGUGUCGCAAGAGGCUUGACGAACUGCCAGCAUUACACUGUAUGAUAUGCGAGUACUUCGUGCACGGGGAGUGCGUGGACUUCGCGGCGGCGGACUGCAAGGAGAACGCCACGUACUGCGCGGGCAGCGAGCCGCGCCACGUGCACCACUGGCGCGAGGGCAACCUGCCCGCCAACUCCAAAUGCGCCGCUUGCCGCCGCGCCUGCUGGUCGGCCGAGUGCCUGACCGGCUACAGAUGCGAGUGGUGCGGCAGCACGUGUCACGCCGGUUGCCGCGCCCUGAUACCUGAGGAGUGCAACUUCGGCGCUCUCCAGCCGAUCUUCCUGCCCCCGUCGGCGGUGUCCAUCCCGCGCACGGAGGUGCCCAUGGAGGCCAUCAUCGGCGUGCACGUGCGCCCGCCGCCCUCACAGCGCGACUUCGGAUGCCCGCGCAGCGUGAGCGAGGAGUUCAGCUCGGGCUGCGAGGGCCGCUCGGGCUCCGGCGGCGGCUCCACGGGCGCGCCGGCCGACCAGGACCACCGACCCGACCACAAGCAGCACCGCGACCGCACGCCGGACGACCGGGAUGAAGAGGUGGUAAAGGUGUACGACGGAGAGGCGGCGUGGUCGCGCCGGCUGUACCGCCCAGUGGUGGUGGGCCGCAACUUUAGGGAGCGCGAGCUGGUGGCGGCGGCGUUGCGAGCCUUCCACGUGGCGCGUGACCCCGACCAGUUCGAGCUGACCGACGCGCUCGCCGGUGACGAGCCUCCGCUCAAGGACCCCACGCCACUCGCCAGGGUUACCAGGCUGCCAAACAAGAGACCAGCUUUAUUUUUACGAUUCAAAGAGCCGGAGACAGGAGGGGGUGAAGUGCGUGUGUACCCGGGGCGGGUGGCGGGCGCGGGGGACACGUUCGUGACGGUGACGUGCUCCGGCGAGCAUGCCGUAGUUGAUCUCAUGGCUGCCGCGCUGUCGCGGUUCGGCCUCGACCCUGCCAGCGCCACGCUGGACUACCGCUGCUCCGAGAUCCUACUUGACCGUGGGGUGUCGGAGCGCGUGCUGGAGGAGCAGGAGCGGCCGUGGCGUAUCCUGGUGCGGCUGGCGCGCGACUCGGUGCGGCGCAUGGAGCUGGCGCGCUUCUACCUGCAGCCGCGCCGCGACCCGCACGGGCCCACGCUGGCGCUGUUCGUGGCGUCGCUGCCGCCCGGCCUCUCCGAGCGCAACUACGAGAACAUCCUCGUCGAGUUCCUCGGCGCCGAUAACAAGUUCACAUCAAUCGGGCCCAUCUACUACGAGUACGGGUCGAUGGUGAUCACGUACGAGGACGCGAGCAAAGCUGUGCGCGCCCUCUAUGCGCUCCGAGAGGCCAAAUAUGAAGAUAAGCAUUUAUUAGUGAUGCUGCUACCCAGCAUCGAACCGUCAAUGGUACCAGCGGGCGUGAAACCCCUGCUGGUGUUUGUAAACGUGAAGUCUGGAGGUUGUCAGGGCCUCGAGCUCAUUUCCUCAUUCCGCAAGCUCCUCAACCCUUACCAAGUGUUCGAUCUAGAAAACGGAGGGCCGCUGCCAGGGUUAUACGUGUUUCGUCACAUACCUAAUUAUAAGAUCCUGGUGUGCGGCGGGGACGGCACCAUCGGCUGGGUGCUGCAAUGCCUCGACAACGUGGGCCAGGACUCCCAGUGCUCCAACCCCCCCUGCGCCAUUGUGCCUCUUGGCACCGGCAACGAUUUAGCCCGCGUGUUAAGGUGGGGCUCCGGUUACACAGGGUGCGAAGACCCUCUAUCCCUACUCCGGGACGUCAUAGAUGCCGAGGAGAUCCGCCUCGACCGAUGGACCGUCGUCUUCCACCCCGAGGAUAAGCAAGAUGAACCCAAAGAAGUCUCAAAGCAACUUCCAGGUUCUCAAAGCGAAGAUAAUUCACAGAUUCUAGUUAUGAAUAAUUAUUUCGGGAUCGGCAUCGAUGCUGAUCUCUGCCUUGACUUCCAUAAUGCUCGUGAAGAAAACCCUAAUAAAUUUAAUAGCAGGCUCCGAAAUAAGGGCGUAUAUGUUAAGAUGGGCCUCCGCAAAAUGGUGGGGCGCAAGAUGUGCAAAGACCUGCACAAGGCCGUGCGGCUUGAGGUGGACGGCAAGCAGGUUGACCUGCCCGCCGUCGAAGGCAUUAUUAUAUUAAAUAUACUUAGUUGGGGUUCGGGCGCCAAUCCGUGGGGUCCGGAGAAGGAUGACCAGUUCAAUAAGCCAAACCACUGGGACGGUAUGUUAGAGGUGGUGGGCGUCACCGGCGUCGUGCACUUGGGGCAGAUCCAGUCUGGCCUGCGCGGCGCCAUGCGGAUAGCACAGGGCGGUCAUAUCAAGAUCAACCUGAAGAGCGAGAUCCCCGUGCAAGUGGACGGCGAGCCGUGGGUGGCGGCGCCCAGCGAGGUGGUCGUGCUCAAAUCCGCGCUUAAGGCCACCAUGCUGAAGAAGCGCGGCAAGGUGCGGCGCCGCAGCACCGAGCCCGCCCUGCCCGCCCCGCCGCCGCCGCCGCCGCCGCCCCCGCCACCCGACUCCUGAAUCUGGCUGAGCGAGCGCCUCAUCUGACGCCCAGGGCUCAGGGCGGACGGGCGAGCGCUCGCCGGGACCGGAUUCCCGAACGUAGUUGUAGCCGUUAAACAAUAUGAUACUAUGUAAAUAAAACUAUUAAAAAAUAUAAUAUAUUAAC